CUGCCCUGCGCAUGCGCACUGCUCCAGCAGCUUAGGUGGGAGUGAGGCCAGUCUUUGCUAAGGCAACAGUCGGGCGUAUAGCAACAGAAGCCCAUCAUCAGACACAACGACAACGGGGCGGCAGUGAGAGCAACGCGUCGCACUUCAGUCUUUUUGUAAGGUGGUCCACCACCACAACCAUUUAAACAGCUCACACCAAACAGGUGAGUAAAGUGUGCAGGAGGAUGGCGGUGAAUGUUUACUCCACCUCAAUGACCAUUGAGAACCUGAGUCGUCAUGACAUGCUGGCAUGGGUCAACGACUCUCUGCAGCUCCCAUACACAAAGAUCGAGCAGCUCUGUUCGGGUGGUGCUUACUGUCAGUUAAUGGACAUGCUGUUUCCAGGGUGCAUAUUAAUGAAGAAAGUGAAAUUCAAUGCUAAACUGGAACAUGAAUACAUCCACAAUUUCAAGGGCUUACAGGCUUCAUUCAAGAGAAUGAAUGUGGACAAGAUCAUUCCUGUGGAGAGGCUGGUGAAGGGGAAGUUCCAGGACAACUUUGAGUUCCUUCAGUGGUUUAAGAAGUUUUUUGAUGCCAACUAUGACGGGAAAGAUUACGACCCUGUAAUGUCACGGCAAGGCCAUGAAGGAACACCGCCUCCACCCAACCCAGGUGAACCCAUUCUUCACAAACUGAAAAGAGCCUCCCGCUCAGGCCCCAUGAGAACAUCUCCCACAGCACCAAAGAGUGUUCCUCCCCCCCAGAGGCAGACCAACACAGCACCAGCCCGCAGGACAACUCCCGUGACCCGCAAUGGAGGAGACGCUGAGCUUCUAGAGCUCAACCAGCAGCUGCUGGAUCUGAAGCUGACUGUAGACGGACUGGAGAAGGAGAGGGACUUCUACUUUGGAAAGCUGAGAGACAUUGAGCUUCUCUGCCAGGAAAGUGAAAGUGACAGCCAAGUCAUCAGCAAAAUCAUGGAUGUAUUGUACGCUACAGAGGACGGAUUUGCACCACCAGACGACGAGGAAAUUGAGGAAGGGGGAGAGCGAGACCAGGAGGAGUUCUGAACUGUUCUUCCUCUCUUCAUCAUUCUCCCCCCACCUCUCACCCUUUAACCUACCUGAUAAUUAUUGUCAUAAUCCCCCUCUUUUCCCCCUUUUAUUUAAUUAUUUCCCUUACUUCUCCCAUCUUGUCUGCGACUGUCCUGUUCCAUGAUGACUUUGUUGCACAGCCUCGCUUCCCAAACUCUUACGAAAGACACUUAACCCAGACCUGUCUUGACUAGGGCCCAGCAGCCUGCCUUGGCUCACUCGACUUGCUCUGACCAGUUACCAAAGGGGACAGCUGCACUGCAGGGCUGGUUUAGCCUGCUAAAAAUGUUUAGCUUAAUAACAAUGAGAUAGAUCACAGCUUGAAACCAACAGUGCUAUCUGUUUUGUUAAGAGGAAGGUCACUUUCUCUCACCAUGCACUUUGAUUGGUGACUGCACACAGAUGCACCCAUUCACCAGGGUUCUCUGAAGAGUUUAUAUAUGAAACUGCAAUGUUUUCCCCACAAUGUGACUAAAUUUGACAAGGUGAGAUUAUAAAUGGUGUCAAGUCCCAUAGGAGAAGGGCCUGCACGUAUAUUUUGAUCUUAUUGCAUAUGAUGACACGUGAACGUACAUUUGGCCCCCCUAUAUCACAGACUUUGAACUGCUCACAUGUACAAGCAUAAAGAAGUCAUCAUUCCCGAGGUGAGAACAUCACACAGUCUGCUUUUAGUCAUGAAGGUGUCCCACCAGAGAGGGUUUGCUCAUGACUGUUUUGACAGCUUGUUUAAGAGACAGCAUGAUGUAUUUAUGUUUCUAUUUAUUUAUCUUUUUUUUUGAAUCUGCAACGGUUUUUAAGUGGUUUUGGAUUUCUUGCACUCAAUGUAGCAAAACAAACCGACUGAAAUGAUCCAAAAAUGCCAACAUGCAGUGAAGAUACAGAAAGAUGCAAUUUUAUAUUUUGUAGAUUUGUUUUAAAGAGGUUUGUUUUUUAUUUGCAUUGAAUUCCUCAGAGGUGUCAGUGUAAGAGUUAUUUAUCAGGCUUUGAAUUCUAUGAAUGAACAAAUGUUAAAAAAAAGGAAAAAAAAUGUAAGAAGACUUCUUAGACGGACACUACUAAAUACUAAUGUUUGACUGUGUUAAUUGAGUUAAACAUUUUAGCUGCUAUCAUUAUUCUUCAGUUGCCGUAUUUAAUUGAGUUUCGUUGCAAAGCGUUCAAACGCCGCAGUGGGCUGCCAAGGAACUAUUGGUGUGUUUUAUUGUGAUUGAAAGCCAGACUGAGUGUGAUUGACAGUAGUUCCAGUCUGAGAGAACAAACAUCAAACCCUCUCUCACCGUUUGUUGCCAUGGCAGCCAUGUGAUAAACUUACUGCAGUUACUGCUGGAAUGAAAUAAAGCUCUGAUGUUCAAGAAAAGUAACAAA